AUGGCUGCUGUGUCGCGUCAACCAUUCGCCCCUUUGGACGGGACUCGUCUUCAAACAUUGACUAGUUUGAAAAACAAGCAAAAUGCUAUUCCUGUUUCGUCACCCGGCAAGCGCAAGGCAUUCGACGCCAUAGACGCUGAUGACAGCGAGAACGUUGAUCCGGUGCUCUUCUCUAAGCGAUCCAAGGGUUCCGAUAGCUUCUACCCAGCCAAAGACUUUAUCAAGCCUUCGAAAUUUGUGCUUACCAAGUCCGCCUCUGCCAACGAUAUUGUCAGCAGCCCUCUGAAGAUCGCUAGCCCUCGCCCGAGAACACUGUUGCAACCCAGGUCGCCCGCCGCCAGACUGAACUCAGGAAUCACCAAGUCGUCUCCGCUCACAGCUCCCGCUGGCCGAUCACCGACCCGUGGCAAGCGCAGCGGUCUUUUGUCAUCUCGCCGCCGUACUGCUGGCUCGUACUCUCGUGUUGACCCUCCCAUCUUUGGUCUCGGUGCCUCUGCCGGAUCUUCGUCUGCACCCUUCUCUCUGGAUGCCGCGCUUAAGGGGACCAUUCCCAGCUAUACGGGCAAUGCUGUGGCAUCAACUCGCUCUACCAGUCGUUCUUCUGGUCUUGGCGAUCUUCAUGGCUCGGACAUGAAAACCAGCUGGUUUUUCGACAUUCAUGAAGAUACGCCCGAGCAGGAGAUGACGAACUUGCUUCAACACAGCACCUGCAUUCUGGAUAUUAGCUCGGAUGAGGAGAGCGAAAGCCGCCUUGAGCGAGAACGUGCUGAAGGCAAGGAGAAUGUUCCUCCUGCAGACGACAUGUCACAGACGUCUCGUCCGAGAAAUGCUCGUGCAGUUGCAGACCUCGAUGACAUGAUCUUUGAGAAGGAACGCAAUCCCCUGGGAGAGAUGAAAGCCAGCGAUUACUAUGCAGAGGGAUGCGACGAGACCAGCGUCGUUAUUGUGCCUGGGGAUGACGAUGAAGAGACCAAAACUGAACGCGAAUUCACGCCCGAGAUACAAGCGAGAGAUGCAACUGCAUCAGUACCAGAACCUGCAAUCGAAGAUGGUGCCAAGACCGUUGACGAGCUCAUGCAGAAAACGGAAGAACCAACACCGACUGCAGCAGUGCUCCAGCCAAUUGAAGGCACAAGUGAAAGCUUCGAGGUCUGGGAAAGCGGCAGUGCACAUGACGAGACAGAGGCUUCAACAGUAUCAUCAUGA